UUGCUGGCUUUUGCUGAGUUGCAAGGUUUGGGAAGCUUGGUAGGCCUGAGGUGCAGAACCCGGGAGGAGGGCGGGGCGAGCACGGAGCUUGGGCUUUGUGCGGCGGAGGAGUCGAGGUCGGAAUUGCGCGGUUAGUUUGUGAGGCGUGACCGUGCGGUGCUAAGGGGCUGCAGUUGUGAUGAGCAUCUGUUUCUCACCCCUCGUUCUACUCUGUUCCUGAAGAGCAGCAGAGAGGAGCUGCGACUGUCAAGCCAUGGCUCAGGUGUCGGUGCUGUUCCGUGAUGUGUACAUAGAUUUCUCUCAGGAGGAGUGGGAGUGCCUGACCGAGGAGCAGAGGGACUUGUACAGAGAUGUGAUGUUGGAGAACUACAGCAACCUGCUUUCGAUGGUCCUGGAAUCAAGAUGUGAGGCUCAGAAGCUGUUUUUGAAGAAGGAACUUUGUGAGAUAGAGUCAGCACAGUGGGAGAUAAUGAGAAAACUCACAAGACAGGACCUUCAGUGCUCCAGUCUCCGUGGUGCCUGGGAAUGGAAUGGCCAGUGUGCGAGACAGCCUGGAUCGCAGGAGAGACAGUUCAGUGAACUGAUACUCAAUCACAAAGACACGCCCACUCUCCCUCAGUAUCCGUCCUUCCGGCUGCAGCACAUUGUUAAGAACAAAGAGAGAUAUUGUGCGAGUAAAGAAAAUAGGAAGCACUAUAAACACGGCUCACAGUUUUCCACCCAUCAAAUCGUUCGCACCGUUGAGAAGCCGUAUGAAUGUAAGGACUGUGGCAAGACCUUCAGACACCCCUCAGGACUUACCCAUCAUCACAAAAUUCACACUGGAAAGAAACCCUUUGAAUGCAAGGAAUGUGGAAAAACGUUUAUUUGUGGCUCCGACUUGACGCGACAUCACAGAACUCACACAGGCGAGAAACCCUAUGAGUGUAAGGACUGUGGAAAAGCCUUCAGUAGUGGUUCAAAUUUUACUCGCCAUCAGAGAAUUCACACUGGCGAGAAGCCUUAUGAAUGUAAAGAAUGCGGGAAGGCUUUUAGUAGUGGUUCGAAUUUUACUCAACAUCAGAGAAUUCACACUGGAGAGAAACCCUAUGAAUGUAAGGAGUGUGGCAAUGCCUUUAGUCAGAGCUCACAGCUUAUUAAACAUCAAAGAAUCCACACUGGUGAGAAACCCUAUGAGUGUAAGGAGUGUGAAAAGGCUUUCCGGUCUGGUUCUGACCUCACUAGACACCAGAGGAUUCAUACUGGAGAGAAGCCCUAUGAAUGUAAGAUUUGUGGGAAAGCCUACUCUCAGAGCUCACAACUCAUCAGUCAUCACAGAAUGCACGCGGGGAAGAAAGCCUGUAAAUACGAGGACUGUGCAAAGGGCUUCAGCUAUGAUUCACAACUUAUUCAGCAUCAGAGAAUCCAUUUUGUGGAGAAGCCCUAUGCGUGUGAAGAAUGUGGGAAGACCUUUAGAGUCCGCCAGCAGCUUACUUUCCACCGUAGAAUCCACACUGGCGAGAAACCCUACACAUGUCAGGAAUGCGGGAUGGCUUUUAGGCAGACGGCACACCUCACCAGACAUCAGCGGCUUCAUUCUGGUGAGAAGCUGUAUGAGUGUAAGGAGUGUGGGGAAGCCUUCAUAUAUGGCCCAGACCUUCGCGCUCAUCAAAAACUCCAUGCUGGUGAGAAGCCCUAUGCGUGUAAAGAAUGUGGGAAGGCCUUCAGGGUACGAGGACAGCUCACCCUCCAUCAGAGGAUCCACACUGGGGAGAAGCCCUAUGUGUGUAAAGAGUGUGGCAAGGCCUUCAGGCAGUAUGCACACCUUACUCGACACCAGAAGCUGAACAUUGCUGACAGACUCUACGAGUGUAAAGAGUGUGGGAAAGACUUUCUGUGUGGCUCCGGCCUCAGAGUCCAUCACAAACUUCACACUGGCGAGAAGCCCUAUGAAUGCAAGGACUGCGGGAAGGCCUUUAGAGUUCGACAGCAGCUAACACUGCAUCAGAGAAUCCACACUGGCGAGAAGCCCUAUGAAUGUAAUGAAUGUGGGAAGACCUUUAGUCGGGGUUACCAUCUUAUUCUCCAUCACAGAAUCCACACGGGCGAGAAGCCGUAUGAGUGCAAGGAGUGCUGGAAGGCGUUUAGCCGCUACUCCCAGCUCAUCUCGCAUCAGAGUGUUCAUGUCGGUGUGAAACCCUACGGCUGCAAAGAGUGUGGGAAAGCCUUCCGGCUGCUCUCGCAGCUCACACAGCACCAGAGCAUCCACGCCGGCGAGAAGCCCUACGCCUGUGAGGAGUGUGGGAAGGCCUUUAGGUUGCGCCAGAAACUUACUCUGCACCAGAGCAUCCACACCGGGGAGAAGCCCUUUGAAUGUAAGGAGUGUAGGAAGGCCUUUCGCCUCAACUCUUCUCUUAUCCAGCAUCUGAGAAUUCAUUCCGGUGAGAAGCCCUACGAGUGUAAGGAGUGUAAGAAGGCCUUCAGACAGCACUCCCACCUCACCCACCAUCUGAAGAUUCAUAAUGCCAAGUGUAGCUAGCAAAGUCUGAGCAGUCUUCCUGACAUCUCUCUUGCUCAUACAUGUAACACACCUGGCAUACGAGGCUUUAGACCAUUAAAGGAAUGUGUU